AUGCCCUCUCGCGUGACGAUCCGCUGCUUGGCGGCGUACACCAACGACGCCGAGGAGUCCGGUGGCGGACUUGUGCCUCUUUUUGUUGGUCGUGAGGACGGCACAGUGGAGCGGUAUGACGCCAUACAGGAUGCCGAGCUCGGGAUUCCGACUGUGUCUUUCUAUGCGCAUCGCAAUGCGGUCACGGCUAUCGUAGCUCUCUCGCCCGCUGAGCUGUACACGUGCUCCUUAGACGGCACCGUGAAACAGUGGAUGCUGGAGGAGGUCGAGGGUGCCUUGUCAUUGCCGUCCACCGGUGGGCUUAGGGUGCGGGCGGUACUUGUGAAGAGCAGCACUUUCCCCUUUGCAGUAUGUACCAUGGUCCAGGAUGGCAACGACGGGGUUGCAGCCGGCCAACAGCGGCUUUUCCUUGGUGGUGUGAACGGCUCUCUCACGUUGAUGGAUGGCGAUCGCCGCUCUACCUGGCCAGCGCACAACGGCGGCGCCCUCACGACGAUCGCAGUCGAUUGGAAUAACAGCGGCUCCGUCAUCACUGGCGGCACGGACGGACUCAUCUACGUAUGGGAUAUGGAGUUUGGUCGUCCAGUCUGUGAGCUGCGUGGGCACACAGGCGCUAUCACUUCACUCUUUGUCGUACCGGUUCCGUCCAGCAUCCCGGUGGUACGUUCAAAGCGCGCCCCUGCCGAUCCCGCCUUGUUCGGCUCCUCCACCGCGCUACCGCCGGCAUCGGAAACGAAGGAUGUGCUCGUCUACGCGGACGCGGACGAGGACGGCGGCAGUGCGUGUUGCCUCGUGUCGUGCUCCGAGGAUUCUACACUGAAGGUGUGGCUGCUGCCGGAUCUGCAGGAGGCCGCCGCGGAGGCGGACUUGAUGGAACGAGAGCAGCAGCAGCAGCAGCGUCACAACUCAGAGGAUGGCGCCAGUCCACAGCGUCGCAGCGUCUGCAUUAGCUUUCAAGACAUAGAGCCGGCUAAGUUGGUAGCCGAGGAAGUGUCGGAGGAAACAGUGGGAAUAGCGCCCGCUUCCGGGAGCAGCACCGAUGGUGCCGCUGUUAUCGCAGCCGCCACGAAUGCCUCAGGGGAAGAUGUCGCUACAGAUGCCUCCACCUCGCCGACGGCCACAACCAGAGAGCCAGAAUCUCAGGUCUACAACGCCAAGUUGCAUUUCCUUCAGCAGCAGGCUGCGGGGACGGCAUGGAAGUCUGCCCUGAAGGCGCCGGAGCGGCGCACCGUCCCAUUCCAUAGCGCCCUCGGCACGGUGGAGUUGCCGCACCGGCCUUUCUCGUGCUCAGGUGCGUCACCUGGCAUGAGUGACGGUAGAGGUAGCGCGUCAUCGCUGGCCUUCAUUGGCGCGGCGCAGGGCUACGUGUACGGCCUCAAGGACCGCCUGCUCGUGAAAGAGGUGUGCCAGCACACGGCACACAACUUUCAGAAGGUCCAGAAGGCAGUACGCAGUGUGCAGCGGACGCUGAAGGACGGGGUGAAGGUGUACACCAGGGCAGCCGCGGCCGCGAUGAAGGCGAUGGAGGCGAAGGAGCUGAAAGCGGCAGCGAAGGCGUGUAAAGUUCAACGAGCAAAGGAGAGGGCUGCCAAGAAAAAGGAGGUCGAGGAACGCCGUGCGGCCCGACGCGCCGCUGCGGCUGCCGCGGCUGAGGACCGCUCUGACAAGGAGGACUACGAGGAGGAGGAGGAGGAGGAGCUCGAGGAGGAGCUCGAGGAAGAAGUUGAGGAGGACGAGGUUGAGGAGGACGAGGAGUCGAACAUGGAGGAGGCAGAGAAGCUGGGGUACACCAGUGAGGCCGCAGACGGAGAGGAGAACGGUGUCGAGGGUAUGGCAUUAACCUUCACCAGGGAUAACUUGGCGCCUCGUCGACCGACUUCGUGGAAGAAACUGACGGAGGAGCAGCGCGCGGCUCUUGAGGCGUUCUUCGCGGCACAGGAGAAGAAGCGCGAUGAGCAAAUCACGGCGCUGCGAAAGUCGGUGGAGGCGCACCUGGCGCAACUGCAGCCGCUCACCAAGACGCCGUACCAUCGCUCUCGUGAGCAAUUCUCAAACCUGCCGUACACCACGAUGGGCUGUGUGCGUGGCGGAUCGGCGGUUGUGUCGCUAGCGCCCUCCUCACUGGUGCCAGGGUGCGACAAGGUCUACGUCACCCAGGCUAACUCGAUCGCUGCUGUUGCUGUGCAGUUUGGUGUGACAAAUCUGUGA